AUGGAUGGGUAUGCAUGGAACUAUACGAAAUCGGGCGUGUACUCGGUGAAAUCAGGAUACGCUCGACUACAGAAAACGAAAAUGUGUGAAGCUGAAGAUCAGGUUUUACAACCAAGCAUCACUGGUUUACAGAGCCAUGUGUGGAGUAUCCCGGCCCCGGGAAAGAUGAAACACUUUAUGUGGCAAGCUUUGACAGGAUGUAUUGCUACGACUGAAAAACUUGCAUAUAGACACCUGAGCACUGAUAUGAGCUGUCCUAGAUGCGGUGACUCUGAGGAAACCAUUAAUCACUUGCUUUUUGAAUGCCCCCUGGCACUUCAGGUGUGGGCUCUAUCGGACUAUUCGUCUCUUCCGGAUUACUUCCCAAGUACUUCUGUUUAUCAAAACAUGAACCUCCUUUUUAGAAGGAAGAGAAACGUGGCCUAUAUGGAACCACUUAUUGAGAACUUCCCAUGGAUCUUAUGGUACAUUUGGAAGGCACGCAACGAGAAAGUUUUCAAUGGAAAGGAAAUCUCACCAGGUGACACCUUGCAGCUAGCUUCUAUAGAAGCUGAAUGCUGGAGAAAGGCAAAUUUACCGGAGGAUGAAGAGGAGGAUGAGCUACAAUCAGCACCGUCGCGAGUUUCGACUCUCCCUGUGAACCCCCAAUGCCCGACCUGUCAAAUUGAUGCCUCAUGGGUUGAUAAUGGCACGGUUAGUGGGCUAGGUGGUUCUACAAGGAUCAAAUGGGAGUUGAAAGAUUUGGUUUACAAGGAUGCCGGAAGAGCUUAUCAGCUCUCCAUGCAGAGAUGGAAGGACUCAUAUGGGCCUUAG